ACUGUCUGCAGAAUUUUAGUACAAAAACAGUGCUCCUGUUAGUAUGUCCGCAGUCUCUGGUCAUCUCCUGAUUAGUAUGUCCGCAGUCUCUGGUCAAUCUCCUGUACUAUGUCCGCAGUCCUCUGGUCAUCUUCUGUACUAUGUCCGCAGUCUCUGGUCAUCUCCUGUACUAUGUCUCGCAGGUCUCUGUUCAUCCCUGUACUAUGUCCGACAGUCUCUGUGUCAUCUCCUGUACUAUGUCCGCAGUCUCUGGUCAUCUCCUGUACUAUGUCCGCAGUCUCUGGUCAUCUCCUGUACUGUGUCCACAGUCUCUGGUCAUCUCCUGUACUGUGUCUGCAGUCUCGGGUCAUCUCCUGUACUGUGUCCGCAGUCUCUGGUCAUCUCCUGUAGUACAUCCGCAGUCUCUGGUCAUCUCUUGUACUAUGUCCCGCAGUCUCUGGUCAUCUCCUGUACUAUGUCCGCAGUCUCUGGUCAUCACUGUUACUAUGUCUGCCGUCUCUGGUCAUUUCCU